AGAAAAGUAUGUGCGUAUUUUUACCUUGUACAUUUAAAUAAUUAUUCGAAAGAUAAACAAACCAUGCUAAAUCAUUAUUUUCGAGAAUGAUGUUCGAUAUUUGUGCUGUAUAUAUUUUUUUACAACAGAGCAAAGUCUUUUAAAUGGGUAUUACAGAUGAACAAAAGGAUAAAUCAGGUAAAUCAAAACCACCUCUUCUUCCCAAGCCAUGUAUAAGUUCUCCUGCUGGCUCUGGAGAACAUGUUAUCCCACAAAUGGUUAUUACAUCUGCUGAUGAUGUACCCGAAGAGCUGCAGAAUGGUAGUGAAGCCACCACAGUACCUAUUCCCACCUCUAUUGAAGCAGCAAGCGCUGCUGCUAAUGUUGAGGAAGAAGCGAAAAACGAAUCAACUGAAGCUGUGCACCAAAGACCCUUAACUAUUGGUGCAUGUGAAGAUGCGCCAGUUGAUUCAAUACCAAAUACACCUGAAGCUAAAUCUUCAGAUGGCCUAAUUCAUUCAACAGCUCAAAGACCUUUAAUGUUCGAGUAAGUUCUUUAUAAUAUUGUGUAUAGUUUGAAAAUUAUAAUAUUCACAUUUAUAUCUUCAGUCAAAAUAGAUGAAAUAUUAAUUUCAUUUUAUUCCAUGUGCAAGAAUGAAAUAUUUUGAAAA